CGGAAAUAAACACUCGGACAUAGCAACCAACAGGAGACAUUCAGCCGGGAGAUUUUAUGUAAAGAUUUGUCUAUAUACUGAGUAGGAAGGCACACAGAAUGGGUAUGGAGGUACCUCAAAUAUAUGUAGAAAAGACUCUUGCCAUUAUUAAGCCAGACGCUAUCCAUAAAUGUGAUGAAAUUGAAGACAUUAUACUGAGGUCUGGGUUUUGUAUUUUACAGAAAAGAAGGGUGCACCUCACCCCUGAGCAAGCCAGUGACUUCUAUGCUGAGCACUAUGGGAAGCUCUUCUUUCCAAGUCUAGUAGCUUACAUGAGCAGUGGUCCAAUAAUUGUGCUGGUUUUAUCAAGGGAUAAUGCAAUUUCCUAUUGGAGAGAAUUAGUUGGCCCAACUAACACUUUAAAAGCUCGAGAAACACAUCCAGAUAGUUUAAGGGCAAUUUAUGGAACAGAUGACCAGAGAAAUGCCCUCCAUGGCAGUGAUAGCUUUUCCAAUGCAGCAAGAGAGAUCAGGUUCUUUUUCUCAGACAGUAUUGUAGAGCCUGUAGCAGUGGGUCAGGCAGCCAAAGACUACCUGGCACGCACAGUCAACCCUACUCUAUUGAGAGGACUUACACAACUUUGUAAGGAAAAACCAAGUGAUCCAGUGGUGUGGCUUGCAGAUUGGCUGCUUCAAAACAACCCUAACAAACCCAAGGUGAAGGGACCUAUAAUCGAGGAACCAAACUAAGUCCAUGGAUUAAAUUAUACAAAAUCAACAGACUGUGACAUAUUAUGAAUGUGGGGACACACUGUCAUUAUAUACUGUAACUAUGUGGAUUCUACCAGCCCAAAGUACAUUUUAAUAGCCUGAAGGACAGUUUUAUUUUUUAAAUAAUUUUAAACCAGUGCAUAAAUUGUUGUCGAUUGUUUGAGAUCAAGUAAGAAGACCCCAUAGGUAAGCUGACAGACCUCAAUCUGGUUUAGUUCAGCUUGAAGUGGGUUAUAUUAUGUACAAAAUAUUUGUGAAAUAUUUUUUAUUUUCAAAUGAAAUACAGCCAUCAUUUUAGAAUUCUAACCAUUUAAAAAAUACCUGUAAAUAUUUCAUCUGAAUAUACAAUUACUUCAAAAGAUCUGCUCCAUGUAAAUCAAUACUUUUUGUAAUAAACUUUUAACACAUA